CAUCAAAGCUGACAUCAUUUCAUGAGCUCACGAAGAUGGAACAAAGUUUUGCUGAUCUACUAAGUGAUGCAUUUUCAGAAACAUCUGGUCCUGUGUUUGUUGAAGACGAUAUGGAUUUUGAGAAUUUGAAUUUUGGCGAAGAGAACAAAACAGGCAUCUCUGAGGAAAGCCAGCAAACAAAGGAAGACAAUGGUCUGCACCAGGAAGCCACUUCUGCACCUCAAGCUGAGGAUGUAAACAUGGCAGAAACUGAUGAUAAAGGCCAGUCAGAUGAGGAGGAUUUUCAAGGUGUAGGGGUCACGAGUGUGGACAAAACCCAGGAGGAGGGUUAUACAAGCUCAGAGGAAGAUUCUGAACAAGAAGGAUCUGUUUCUGAAGAUGAUGAAGAUAGUGAGGAAGAGGAAGAAGAAGAGGAUCUCAGAGCAGGAGAGGAACCUGGAGACUUGUUGAUGUCAGUUUGCUGUGCUGGUUAUAGAGAGGAAAUGAUCCUUGUAGAGGGACUACCUCCGGACCCUCAGGGUGCUGAAAACGCCCAAGAUAGAAACACAGAGCAAGGUGAAAAGGAGGUGUCCUAUUUUGAGAGAGUCCCUGAACGUGGCAGUGAGAUGGGGAUAAAAGGUGACGGGAGUGAAGAUGAUGAGAAAGAGAGGGAGGAAGCAAAGCAAGAGGACUCAUCUGACUCUGAGCAUGAGGACAUGAAAAUCAAACAAGAGGAAGAAGAAGAAGAAGAAGAAGAGAAUCGGUGCUUCGUGCAGGAGGUUGAAAAUCCUUACAGAGAAGACCACGAGAGGGAGAAAUGGAGUCUGGAGUUUCCAGAAAUAUCUGUAAGAAAUCUGCAGGAUCUCCUCGCUGAAGUUGAGGGUGAGGAGAGUGUGGAGAAUGUAGAGGAUUUCUCUGGGGAGGAGCACCAAGAGGCAGGUGAGAGCUUUGCAGAUUAUCCCUCAGACUUUUCUUCCUGUGAGUAUGUAGAAGAAAAACAUCAGUUACGUCAAAGCAGUUCAGAUGCAAAUCAAGAUGCCUCCCUGGAAGGAGACAGAACCUGCGCGGAAAGAGGUGAGGAUAUAGACAAGGAGGAAGACGAGUACCUGUACAGCAGAAAUUUAGAAGAUGACGAUGAUGAUUACUUGAGGGACCUGAAUGGGACAAGUGGGAGAAAAGACGAAGGGAUGUUAGAGCUCCCUGAAGGAGACGCAGGGUGUGAUGAUGACGUUGAGACAGAUCCGAGUGAUUCCUGCAGCUCCAGUGAUGAUAAGGAUGAGGUAAAGAGGAGUGAUGAGGAACCGGACAUAUACACUGAAAACAAAAUCAAACAACUAGAAGAGACUCAGCUUCACAGAAACAGCCCAGAGUUUUCCUGCUGGAGCACAUCAGGCAACUACCACAGAGAGAACGCAGCAGGUCUCGACAUAAACUGGAAUCCAAAUGUGUCAACAACGUCUGCCCUUCAGAUUGAAGACCUGUUAACCACAGAGGACAUAGACAGGGUGGAAACACUGCUCUCGGAUGUGACUCGUCCUGCUGAAGACGUCUAUUUAGCCGUACAGAGAGGAGACCCCAAUACAACAAUCUUCUCCAACCAGGGAUCUGUGGACGAUGGCUUCUUCUUCAACACUGAAGUUGAAUCCUCCGGUGUCACUGUGCUGUCACAGCAAGGAGAUGAUGAGUACGAAGAGGAGAGGAACUGGGAUCAAGAGCAGGAGAGAAUUAAAGCUUUCUACAAGUUUUAUGACAACGGUGACAAAGAUGAAGGAGGAGAAGAGAGGCAGACUAAAGUCCAGUUUUGUGCAGAUCCUUUGUCUCGAGUCAUUCACUUUGAAACCGACAGUGACAGAGAUUCAACCAGCACCUCCACAGAUGUGGAAGAGGACCUGAGCUCUGCAGAAACAUCUGAGCAGGAGUUACAGGAGCCUGUGAACAACAACAUGGAAAAGAAACCUGCUUUGGAUCCACCAAACACUGAGAUACCGAAGGAUGUGCCAGAUCUCAGGACUGCACCAGUUUGUACCAGGAAACAAAAAUGUGUCAACAUGCUGAAGCUAACUCUGAAGAUGGUUGCGGUGAUAUUGAUGGGACUGUUGAUGUUCUGGUUGGUCACAGACCAAGGAGAAAUGUUCAACCCAGUCUCUUUCAUGAUGGGCAAAGCCUAAUUGUUUCAUGCUUCAGAAAUAUGAUAGAAUUAAAAUCCAGAAUGACUUAAAUACCUUGUAAAAAAAAAAAAAUGAUGUAAGUGUGAGACAUUUAAUGAUGCAGUGCUGUUAUCUGUAAUUUGCAGACUUAUACUUAAUAAAGAUUCAACUUGUUCCAAAAUAA